CGGCCGGCGACUGCCUGUGACUCCUUACCGCGGCUGGCCUUCCCUCUGGGCUGGAGUGGGUCUGUGUCCCGGGAGUCCCAGUGUGCAGCUGGUGCUCCAGGCUGAGAUGGAGCAGGGCGCUGAGGAGCUGAGCCGGUGGCAGCCUGUGAACCAGCCUUUCCAGGAUACCAUGAAGCCAUCAUCCAUCACAGAUAUGUGGCCGUCUUUCAGAAGCAGUGGAGUAUACACAUCUUGGAACCACGGCCCACCAGGCACCAAGCACUGCUCUCAGGGCAGAGAGACGAUGGGGACCCUCUUGGUGUCUCCUGAGACACCAAGGCAGGAUGCAGGCGAAGUGAGGCCCUGUUUCAGUGUGUCACAGAAUGAGCACACUGUAAGCUAUUGCCUCCAAGGCACUCUCACCCCCUACCAGAAGAUCUGCCAGAGCUUGUCUCCCUCCCAGCCAGGGAUGAUUGGAAGGGGACCCCAGAUGAUGUCCUUAGAGCCUGGGAUUCGAGGAGGGGAUCUGACGUACAGUGAGAAUCCGAGGAUGCCCCUCAGCGGGAUAGUGUCAGCUUCAAGUGGAAUUUCAACGAUGUCCUCCACCAGUGAUCCGACAAUGCCUUAUUCUUGGACCCCAACAAUACCUUCUAUCGGAGCCUCUUUACAAUCUAAAAUGUUAUUGGCUCCGACCAUGCCUUCCAGUGAGGCCCAGGGUGUAUUCCUGUCUGUGGCUCAGAUGUUGCCACCCAGAAAUCCCUACAACCUUGCGAUUCCCCCUGCUAAGUCCCAAUCAUUGCAGACCUUGGAAUCCCAGGACUCUCUUGUGAGUCGGUCAGGCUCCCACAAAGACCUCUUCCUGCCUGAGCAGCCUACACCUGCUCCUCAGAGAGCAGAGAACUCUGGGGUCUGGGGAGGGGCACCCGGAAAGCAACCCCCAAUUCUAAGACCGUACUGCUGCCCAUAUAAGGACUGUGAAAAAGCUUAUACCAAGCGCUCCCACCUCGUGAAUCACCAGCGCAAACACACAGGGGAGAAGCCCUACAAGUGCAACUGGGAAGACUGUACCUGGUGUUUCUUCCGUUCUGAUGAGCUUCAGCGUCAUAUGCGGAGACACACCAAACACCGGCCACAUACGUGUAAUCAGUGUGACCGACAGUUCAUGAGGUCUGACCAUCUCAAACAACACCAAAAGACGCAUCAGCGACUGCUGGAUUCCCUAAGACAGCUGGCCAACAAUGGACAGAUGGAUGGUCCUCUUGCUCCUGGUCUUUAGAUUCUGGUGUGAGACUGUUUAGAUCUUGAACUCAUCACUAUGACUCGCCAAGUGACCUUGGGAAAUCUCUUUCAUCAACAUGCCUUAAUUCAUCCUCUGGAAAAUAAGAAAAACCAUCCUGGACUAUAGUUGGGUAUGUCAUAUAUACUGCAUCAGAUCUCCUGGGGCUAAUCACCUGUGUGUCCAGCAUUUGUCUCUUCCUUCCAGACCUGAGUGGAAUGGCCCACCACAGAAUGGGAUCCAGCAUCCCGCGUAGCCACAGAAACCUGGAUGUGUCAGGGAAUUAGUAUUCAUGGGGUAAGAUUUCACUAAUAGGAAAUGGGAAUUAAGAGAGAGCCAGGCAGAGACACUCUGCCUUCUUCUCUCCCUUCUAAGAAUUGCUAUGUAAGGCAUAGUUUCUCCCCAGCAGUGUAGCCUGUAGGGAGAUUUCCCAAGCAGCUGGUGGACACAGCUGCAAGGCCUCUUUCGUACCUGACAUGUGGCUUGAAAGAAUAUUAUCUCACUACCUCCAUUUUUUCUGCCUCAUUUUUAUUUCACCCCUAAUGUCCCCUCCCCCUAAUAAAACAUCAAUAUUC